AUGGUCUCCUCCAAUCCGUAUCAGCUGCCCGUGCCAAGCGGUAGCCUCGACAGCACCGUCACACUCGAAUCGCGCAUCGAGUCUCUUCCGCAAGAGCUGCAAGACGAGAUUCUUCGCUUCACCAUUCUCGCUAUGCGUCCUGCAAGAGUGAGACUUGUGAACAAUGAAGCGACUCCUUCAAGCCACAGAUCCCACGGUGGCUGCACUGCAAUCAUCCCUCGAUUCCACCUCCAAGCCACACACCAAGACGACGAAUGCGGCGUUGUUUACAUUGACCAAAACUACAAGCCCUCGACUGCGCUUCAGAUCAAUCGCAAGAUCAGGCGCGACGUUGCGAAGAUGCUGUACUGGGACAUGGUCUUAUGUUACGACUUGUCCGCCCUAGCUAAAUGGCGACAGUGGUACAGAUCACUGUCUUUAGAGCAUUACGACAUGUUGCGAAUCAUUCCACUGCGCCYGAUGAUGGUGUUCCAUCCCUUCGUGCUCGCGGACAAGCCCACUCGGCUCUUUGCGAGGCGCUUCCGUGAAAGCGAUGGAGUGGUUGUGACAGUAAAGGCAUCGCGCGAUAGCCGAGGGAUGAAAGAUGAAGAUGCCUAA